GUUUACAAUCACAUCUGUCUCCUCUGUUCUAGGCAUGCUAAGUUGCAGCGUCGAAAAUUCGAUCGCUCACCCUCAAGACCUGUUAACAUGCCGCCAAUUCAUUGCUGGGUUUGAUUGCUUAAGCCUAACAGCAGCACCCCAGCGUUUUUUUCUCCUAUUUCUUUAAGGAACUGAAUCCAGUUAGUUGUCAACAGCCAGAGCGAGAAAACGAGAGUCAACUUUGGUACGUGGAACCGAUAAACGGUACUAAACGUUUCUACAACUGAAUCAUCGAACUCGUUUUGGUUUUGUUCGGUUUGCCUCGACCACAAUGACGUUUCCUACCACACACGAAGACCCCUGAGCAUCACGGACAUGUGAAACUUGAUUCUGCUGAAGGCAGAUGCAAGUCCCAGGCUGGAUUGAAUGGCACUGAGUAUCCAAGGCUGAAAUGACCAGCCAGCAUCCGAGCCAUGCGGAGAGCUCUCACUCCUCGGAUAACCCGCCUCCUGUCGUGGGGUCUAAGCUGCACGCCCAGGGACCACUAUCAAAGGAGAACAUCACUGUUCACAUCUCGCUGGGAAAGAAGGAAGAGGAGGAGGAAGACGAGCUGUACAGUACAAGUGACUUCUCUGCCUCGGCUGCUCUGGGUGACUCAAACAUUGUGACAGCUGUAGAGGCAAUUGAGGAAAUGUUUGAUCCUGCUGCUGAGGUUCCCGUCAUUCCUGAUUCAUCCAGAUGUUCUCCCAGCUCUAGCAAUCACACUAACCGUUCUCCAACACAAGCUUUAUCCUCACACAUCCCUGAGCAAAAACCUUCCACUAUCAGUUCUUCUCCUAUCAAGUCUUUGAGCUUUCCCUCCAGUCUGGUGAAGUCUCUAUCAUCUGAUGUAGACGCUCGUGAUGGGGUCACUUCUGCUCCAGCUCCCUCAGUCAGACAGAGACCUCUCAUGAAAAGUCUAGUCAAAUCUUUGUCUUCAGAUACAUCCCAAGACUCCUCUUCCUCCUCAACAACUCAACGUCUUCUCGAUUCUCGCCUUAACCUGCAACUUUUUAGGCAAUUUGCACAAUCCCGAAUGGCUUCUGCCUCCGUGACGUCAGUAAGUGACUCGAAAACUGCCCCCUCUUCGCCGUUAGCCUCGCCAGAUAACCGAAGCUUCUUUAAAGUCUCAGAAGUCGAAGCUCGAAUCGAAGACACCAAGCGCCGACUCACUGAAGCCAUUGCCGAGCCUCUCCAGCUGCUGAGUAAGAUCAUGGAUGAAAAAAGUGGCGGUUUAGUUGGUGGCAGCAUUUACCGGCCCAAAGGGCUUUCAACCAGCGCCACAGAGCUGUCCACUCUCUCCUUGGUCAAUGGUUCCCUGGAAAACAACAACUGCUGCAUCAAAGAGGAAGAAAGACCUGAACUGGAGGUUGAGAGUCCCAACAGCUGGACCUCCGUUUCAGCUGAGUCACUCAGUGAUCUGCCUGCCAACACUAAGAGCCCCUCUAAAUCAUCCUUACUCUCCAUGUCUGCUCUCGCAAAACAGGAGGAGGAGGACUUUUGUAUACUGACCAGCGAGGACUUUGAGACUUGCACUGAUACCGAGGGCGAUGGUGUCAAUGGACUUUCUCGAACUGGUAGUCAAGCGCCACUAAGUGGCAGUUCUGACCCAAGCUGUGAUGAUGAAUGUGAAGAUGCUGAGGCUGCACCAGCUGUCCCAUUCUAUACCCUUAUGGUCCUAACUGCUCUAGUUUAUGCAUGUUUUGUUUUACCUCUGCCAAGUUACGUCAGAGGGUUGCUGCUCGGACUCGCAUUUGGAUUCUAUUUAGCCAUCGGUGUUGUGUGGCUGGCAGGACCAAAACGCUCUGGAAGGGUAGUUGGAAGUUCCAGAAACAAGGGGAAGCUGGAGAAUGCUGCCAGGGUGGAUAUUAAAGAACCAGAAAUUUAUAAGGGCUGGAUGAACGAGAUCCUGAGCUAUGAUCCCGAGACGUACCACGCCACUCUCACCCACUCUGUGUACGUUCGUUUGGAGGGCUCUACCAUUCGUCUGUCUAAACCCAACCACAACAUCACCCGCCGCGCAUCGCACAAAGAACCCAAACCUGAUGUGACCUUCAUCAGUCAGAAGAUCUAUGACCUCACCAACUGCAAAGUAUAUUUGGCGCCUCAAAAUCUGGCCAAGAAACGAGUUUGGAACAAAAAAUACCCCAUCUGCCUUCAACUCAGCAAACAGGAUGACUUUAUGUCAAAGGCAGAAGGGGAUCAGGUGGAGUUCAGUGAGUCCACAAGCUCUAGAGAAGAUGGAGAAAGAACCAGUGGAGUGAUGGAGCGACCAUCAUCAUCAUCAUCCAGCACACACCUGACCCUCUUCCUAUUUGGGAGAACUGGGAGGGAGAAGGAAGAUUGGUUUCAGAGGUUUCUGUUGGCUUCUCACGUCAGAGUGGAGUCAAAGAAAGCCUCGUGUGUUGGAGGCACUAAAAAAGCAGUCUCCAAGUCGCAUAGCCGCAACAGCAGCCGCAGCAGUCUCAAUGAGAUGCUGUCAUCUCUGCCCAAAUCAAAGGACUCAGCAGCAGCAGGCAGUGCCAAAAGCAAGCUUCAGUUGGACUUCACCGUUUACAUGAGCUCCUUUCUGCCCAAACAGCAGUCAGCCAGCACCGCAGCCAGUAGCUCCGCCUCCAGUCUGCAGGGCAGCCCCGUGGUCGAUAAGAAGCUUCAGACUAGCGCUUUGCAUCCCCGGGAGGAGGAGGACGGGUCCGUUGCCUGGGUGAACGCAGCUGUUGCUCGACUGCUCUGGGACUUCCUGACCAAGCCCUGCUGGGCUGAAAUGGUCUCAAAAAAGAUCCAGAUGAAGCUCAGCAAGAUCCGACUUCCUUACUUCAUGAACGAGCUAACCCUGACAGAACUGGACAUGGGCUCAGCCUCUCCUAGAAUCCUCAGGGCAUCCACGCCAUCCAUGGACUAUCGAGGGCUGUGGUUUGACCUGGAGGUUUCCUACUACGGCUCUUUCCUGAUGACCCUGGAAACCAAGAUGAUCCUCAACCGGCUGGGAAAGGAGGGGGAGAGCCUCCGGUUUGGAGACAUUGGCAGAGAUGGGCCUCGGGCCUACUGCCUGGCUGCUAGUGAUGAAGAGUCGUCCAGCGCAGGUUCAUCAGACGAAGAAGACUCCUCAGACCUCUCAAAUGAUUCAGCUGGAGCAGAAGGUUUGGUUGGAGGACACAAACCGAGCAAGAUCAUGCGCUUUGUGGACAAGAUUGCCAAAUCUAAAUACUUUCAGAAGGCCACAGAGACAGAGUUCAUCAAAAAGAAGAUGGAAGAGGUGUCCAACACACCCCUGUUGCUCACUGUGGAGGUUCAGGAGCUCCGAGGAACGCUGGCCGUCAAUAUUCCCCCUCCUCCGACUGACAGGAUAUGGUACGGCUUCAGGACUCCACCCCACCUGGAAUUGAAGGCCCGGCCUAAACUCGGAGAAAGAGAAGUCACUCUGGCUCAUGUUACUGACUGGAUAGAGAGAAAACUGGAGCAGGAAUUCAUGAAAAUCCUCGUGAUGCCAAACAUGGACGACGUGUGGCUGGAUAUCAUGCAUCCUGCAAUGAUCACGCACCCAUCUGACGGUCCUUCACCCCCACACACACAGAGCACAGAACCUUCCUGGCAGGAGACGGAUGGUCAGCCCUGAAGAUCGUUUACAGCAUUGCCUAAAGCUACUAUAAUGGGGGCGGGAUCUGAAGUCCAGACUGUUGUUUUCCACACAUUCCCACUGUGAGCUGCUUCCUCUCUGAUCAGAACAGAAACUCUGAACUUUCCAGUUAGAGUAAUGGCAAAGUGCUGCUUGCUGCUAUGUUAAAUAGAAACUCCCCACAUGCAGGCUUAGGUUAAUAAGCAAGAAUAUUCCAAUGUUGUCCUUUGAACACAAAGAUGUAGAAGCAUUCACCUGAUACCUUACGGAGGAAGGGGCGCGUGUAGCUUCCCUUUAGAGACUGCACAUUUAAAUGACACAUAAAAACAUUGGAAAUCUCAGACACUAGAUGCUAUGUUUAUUUAUUCGUGCUUUGUUCAAUCAGGUAUUAAUAAACAGUGUUGCUUUGUGCCGUGGCCACACCUGAGCAUCCCAUUCUACUGCCAACCCCCCCUUUCCCACCUUUUUAAUGUCGCUAAUACUAUUUUUUAGAAAGAAGCAGCUGAUUUAGUGAAAGUGUUUACUAUUUAAGAUCCAUUUAUUAAUAACAAAUGCACAAACACAAGUGCAAUGUUAGAAAUGCUGCGUAGGACUAAAUGAAGAGUACGAUGCCUCUAACGCUGAAUGUAUGCACGAAUGGUUCCGUUUGUUUGAGUUUGAAAACCGUUUUGACCUGGUUAACAGUUUGACCAGGAUAUUUAAAUUAUUGCACAAUGUAAGCUUUGUUUUCUUUUGAUGAACGCCAUCUUGCAUAUCUUUGUUGCUUCUGGAUGUGCUGAUAAUCUGGGAUUCUGCAGUAGCGAACUGUUUGUUGAUGCAUCAGUCGUAUUUGAUGUUGAAGAUGACGGGAGAGAAGUUUUAAAUGUGACCGUGCUUUAAAGAGUCAAUCUGCCAUGAAGUAUGUAGACAGACAUCGGUGAGUGAAGGUACACGUCGUUGGAAACAUUUGCCAGGAAUGUGCAUCCUUAUUAGCGGGUUCCUGUUUCUGAAAUGAUUGGUUAAAAUGUUCUCUAAACCAAAGUUUUAGUGCCGGAUUCCCCUCUGUGCUUAUUGUAGACUUGUCUUUAUGCUCAUACUACAACACAUGAACGUUGUUUACAUGAGUCUUUCUUUUAGGAUCAUAAAGCACUGUAACAAUGGAUUUUUGCUUUUUUUCCUUGAUGCCUCGGUUCCUGUUUGAAGUAUUUUUGAAGGAAUGUGUAAAAGUGGUAUUUGGCUCCAGCUUUUGUCUACUUCUUUGGUAUUACCAGAACGAAACAAGGUUUCUGGAGGAUACUUUAAUGUAAUGACGUAAUUUCUACCUGUGAAUUUUUUUUUUGACAAUUUUAAGACCAAAACCAGUGAUUAUGUGUAUCUGCCUUAUUUAUAUGAUAAAAUAAAUCUGUUGAUGAAGAA